AUGGAGAAACAAAAAAAUUCUCGAAAACAGUAUCGGAGACUCUUUACGAUUGCUCAUAGUGAUUUUUUGAACUGUGAAAAUGAUUUGACUAUCGAAGAUAAAAUUUUGAAAUUAAAAAUUGUAGAAGAGAAAGCGAAACUAAUGGUAGCGAGUGAGUACGAAUUUCGAGAACUGUUGUUUGCUUCUGAAGAGACUGAAGAAAAUAUCAAUAAAGAAAUCGACAUUUCAGAGAGCUAUAUUGAUAAGUGGCGAAUUUUAGAAAAUAAAUUACAUGAUCUUUUGGAUGAGAAAAAAGAACAUUCUUCGGCUUCUACUGUUUCCGGAGCGGUGAGUACUACACCGAACAAUUUAUUGCAUUAUCCUAAAAUCAAUUUACCCACUUUUGAUGGAAAUAUAAGGAACUGGUUGUGUUUUUGGGGACAAUUUCAAAAAAUUGAUAACGAUUCCAAUCUCGAUAACCAUGAUAAAUAUGCUUAUUUAGCACACGCUAUGGAGAAAGGUUCACCCGCUGACGAGUUGAUUAAAAGUUUUCCCCCUGGUGGUGAAAAUUAUGAAAAAGCGGUUAAACAGUUGAAGCUACGCUAUGGCAGAGAAGAGUUGCUCGUCGAGGUUUACGUGAGAGAUCUGUUAUCUAUUGUACUAUUAAAACAAAAGUUGCAAAAAAUCCCCAUACGUAAACUGUAUGAUCAAUUAGAAACAAAACUAAGAGCUUUAGAGACUUUGGGAGUGACCAAGGAUAAAUAUGCUGCGAUGUUGUUCCCUCUAGUUGAAUCUUCUCUCCCUGACGAGACUUUAAAGGCCUGGGAGCGAUUCCGAACUACACAUAGACGAGUGAGUGAGGAGGUGACGUAUAGUUUAACAACCGAGGAAAAAGAUACCUCUUCAUGUAGGAAAAUGCCAAGUAAUGAUCUAGAUCGGCUUUUAGACUUUCUUCAGGAUGAAGUGGAGGGAGAAGAGAGAAUUGUGUUAGCCUCCCAAAGUUUUGAUCAACCUAAAAAAUCAAGCUUUUCCAACAGUCGUCGAGAAUCUAACGAGAAGAAGUUUCAAACAAGAGUAUCAUCAGCAACUGAUCUUUUGGCCUCUAAUCUGAAUAAGAAGAAGCUUUGCAUUUUUUGUACUGAGGAACAUAAUUCAUGGAACUGUAAAAAUGCUUCUAAACUGACUUUGCAUGAAAAACAAAGUGCUGUAGAGAAGGCCCGUUGUUGCUUCUUGUGUUUGAGAGAGGGACAUGGAGUGAAGACGUGCCGUUCCAAGUUCAACUGUCAAUUAUGUGGGAAGAAGCAUCAUUUAUUUUUGUGUAGAGCAUUGUCACCAGAACUCAAUUCUUCCUCUGUCCCUACAGAUAUUAAAGUUCGAGAAUCAAUGAUACAACACGACGAAGCUCUGGCCAACUUGUCUAAAUGUUCCAAUGUUUUCCUACAAACUUUAACCAUUCUUGUGAGAGGAGAAACCACUAAACGUAAAGCUCGAGCCAUCAUUGAUUCUGGAUCUCAGCGGUCGUAUAUUCUGAAAGCAACAGCUGAAGAAAUGAAUUACAAGGCCAAAAGGAGAGAGUAUUUACAACACUCGCUGUUCGGUGGUUCCAAUACCUCAACCUGCCAACAUGAUGUAUAUAUGAUAUAUUUGUCAAGCGUUUCCGAGGAGUAUAGCUGCCAUUUUGAAGUGCUCGGACAGGAAGUGAUUUGUGACUCAAUAUUGUCUAGAAAACGAGGGUCACAUUUUAAAGAACUUAGAGAUUACAACAUUCAUUUGGCAGAAUAUUUGGAUGAUCCGAUUGAAAUUCUCAUAGGAGCUGAUGUUGCAGGAAAGCUGAUUACCGGAAACCAUCUCCAACUGAAAAAUGGAAUCACUGCCAUUGAAACAAAGCUAGGUUGGAAGGUUAUAGGACGUGCCAAUAGUGAGAAUACAAGCUUAUUAAUCACUUCAAUGCUCAUGACAAGUGCUUGCAUAACAGAUUUGUGGAUUCUUGACUCUCUUGGUAUCACAGACCCAUCUGAAAAGAAGACGGCGAUUGAAUUACAAGAAGCAGCGAGGCAGCAUUUCUUAGACACAGUUAAAAUAGAGAACGAUAGGUAUAUUGUGAGUUUACCUUGGAUUGAAGAUCAUCUUCCACUUCCUGACAAUUUUGAACUUUCUGAGAAGAGAUUACACAAAGUUGUAAAGAGACUUAAAACCGAAGGACUGUUCGAAGCCUAUGGAGCAGUAUUUAAAGAGUGGUUGGAAGAAGAUAUCAUAGAAGAAGUGACUAAAGACGAGGUUAAUCUCCCUGCACAUUAUUUACCACACCGUCCUGUUUUGAAGGAGAAUAGUACCACCAAAAUCAGACCUGUAUUCGAUGCUUCCGCCAGACAGAAAGGUGCCCCUUGCCUCAAUGACUGUUUAGAAACUGGAGUUAAUUUGAUUGAAUUGAUACCAAAUAUCUUAUAUCGUUUUCGGUUGGAAAAAAUUGGAGUUAUUGCUGAUAUUCGCAAGGCCUUUUUGCAAGUUUGUCUGUCACCUUCAGAUAAAGAUUUUUUGCGUUUUCUGUGGAUUGGAGAAGAUGGUAAAUUGAAGUACUUUAGACAUUGUCGUGUAGUUUUUGGUGUGUCAUGCGGUCCCUUUUUGCUUGGAAUUGUUAUUAUGCACCACUUGCAAGAGGUCUUAAACCAUCAAGAUAAGAAAUAUCCAGAGAGGAUGGUAAAAUUAUUAAUGCAGAGUUUUUAUGUGGAUAAUUGUAUGACAAGUGUGCCAAACGAGAAAGAGCUUGAUCUCUUCAUUGAGGUUGCGACCAAUGUCAUGGCUGACAGAAGUUUUCAACUAAGAGGCUGGGAAAGCACAUGUUUAAAGGAUAGAAGCGCUCCUGUCACGAAUGUUUUAGGAUUACAGUGGGACAAAGGUCUGGAUACUUUGGGUAUAAAUAUGAACAGCCUGAAGGAAUUUUGUAUAGAGAAUGUGAUGAAGAAAACUAUUCUAUCUGCAGCUCAUCGUAUCUUCGAUCCUAUUGGUGCAACUUGUCCUGUUGCAUUGUUUCCAAAACUUCUGCUACAGAAAACUUGGGAGCGAAAAUUGAAUUGGGAGGAAGAAGUGGACUCCAAUACUAGAGAAGAGUUUCUAAAGUGGAUGAGAGACAUAUUUCAUCUCGAAAAGGUGCAAAUUCCUCGACAUUUAAAAACUGGUGAUGCGAAUGAGAAAUGUUCCUUGCAUUUUUUCAGUGAUGCGAGCAUGCAUGCUUAUGCAGCAGUAGUUUUUCUUCGAGUUGAGACGAGUGAGUAUGUCAAAGUUCAGUUGUUAAGUGCUAAAGCCAGAGUCUCCCCAACGGGAAAGAAGAAGACCACUAUUGCAAGACUAGAGUUAUUGGCUGCUACAAUCACUGCACGCCUUGCCUCAUCUAUCACAAAAGAGAUCCCACAUGAAAAAAUCUAUUUGUGGUCCGAUUCAACGACAGUGAUAACUUGGAUAAAAAGAGAAGAUGCUUGGAGUACCUUCGUACAAAACCGUGUUGCUGAAAUCAGAACUUUGACUUCCAAAGAAAAUUGGAGACAUGUGCCUGGUUCAUUUAAUCCUGCCGAUCUUCCAAGUAGAGGUUGUUCUGCCAAGAAACUAGUGCAGUCCAAAUGGUGGGAGGGCCCUGAUUGGCUAUAUUUACCUGCUGAUCAAUGGCCAUUCUCAGAUGUAGUAGUCAAUGAAGAUGAAGUGCUGAAGGAACGAAAGAAAACUUGUGUCUACCCCGACUGCCUGUUUGAGUGCUCACGCCAUCGAAAACGUGAACACGGAAGAGGGUGA